AUGAAAUACGCAACUCUAUUUUUGAUCGGGCUACUGCUGUCCGUAGCUCUGCUCAGCGAUGCCCAGAAGCAAUCUGGCAAGACCAAGGGAAAGUCCAAGAAUAAGGUGAGGCCCACUGUGGCCCCCGAGCCGAAGAGGCAGGUGCUCCAAAGAGCUGUACCCUGUUCGUCGGCCAAGUGCAAGUUACCCGACUGCCGCUGCUCCGAUGCAACAUUGCCACGACCCAAGUUUAAGGGCAAGGAAAAUGAGAUACCGCAGUUUGUCACCAUCACAUUUGACGAUGCUGUGAAUGCUGUGAACUAUGCGCAAUAUGAGUUGCUCUUCAAUGGGGUAAGCAAUCCUGAUGGCUGUCCCGCAACGGGCACCUUCUUCCUGUCGCACGAGUACACGGAUUAUGUGCGUGUGAAUGCAUUGUACAAUGCUGGUCACGAGAUUGCCCUCCACUCGGUGACCCACGGUGAUGGCACCGACUAUUGGCGCGUUGCUGACGUGGAGACCAUUGAACGUGAGUUUGGCCAGCAGUUGAAAAUGCUGGAACGGUUCGCCAAGGUGAAUCCAAAGAGUGUGCAGGGUAUGCGUUUGCCCUUCCUUCAAAUCUCUGGAAACAAUACUUUCGAGGCGGUUAAGAAUCUGGGUUUGACCUACGACAGCUCCUGGCCGACGCAACAGCACAAGGACCCAGCCAUGUGGCCCUACACUCUGGACUAUUUGUCCAUACAGGACUGCCAGAUUGGUCCCUGUCCGGAUGCAGCACUGCCUAGCGUUUGGGUGAAUCCCAUGGUCACAUGGACUGACACUGAGGGUUACAGUUGCUCCAUGAUCGAUGCCUGCGUCUAUCCGCCUGCUGACAAUGUGGAUGCACUCUUCGAUUGGAUGCUCGAGAACUUCAAUCGCCACUACCAGGGCAACCGAGCGCCAUUUGGCAUGUAUCUGCACGCUGCCUGGUUUUCAAGAGGACGCAACUAUUUUGCCGCCUUUAAGAAAUUCAUGCAACAUUUGACCACCUACCCCGAUGUGUAUAUGACUGGUGUUAGCCACAUGCUGGAAUAUGUGAAAAAGCCGGUGCUGGGCAAACCGUUCAAAGAAUGCGAGAAGAAGCCGAAUUCCACCUGUCUGCCGGUUAACUGCAAUGUCCAAAAGGUGUCCACUGGCGAGGUGCGUUACAUGAGUGCCUGCGACAAGUGCCCCACUGUAUAUCCCUGGCUGAAUAAUCCAUUGGGCGAGGAUAUGUAAAUGUUGCACACCCAAUAA